CAGUUUCCUCCAUUGAUCAGCUCGGUGAAGAAGGCGGGUCCUCUGACGUCACCGCGGAGCUGCUCGGCUGCGUCAGAGUCCAGCUGAGCGAGGCGAGAAGGAAACGAGGAAUAAAAGGAAGCGGUUCUGAUUGGCCGGGUAGAGCGGACUCGGAGUGCCGGACCGGUUCGAGCUCAGCGGACGGACAUGGAGGGCAGCUCGGAGGAAGAAUACAAGGAGAAAUUAUUAUGGACCGUCAAGCGGGAGGUGAAGCAGAUCAUGGAGGAAGCUGUAACCAAGAAAUUUGUUCACGAAGACAGCAGUCACAUCAUCGCCCUGUGCACUGCCAUCGAGGCAUGUCUGACUCACCUCCUGAAGAGACGGGCUGCUGGGUUCCUCCGCAGCGACAAGAUAGCAGGACUCUUCACCAAGGUCGGCAAAGUGUUUGACAUCGCCGGUGACGUUUGUCGUAAAGUCCAAGAGCAGCUUCAGCAGCAGGCAGAUCUCACCAGGAGAGCCCAGAGUGCGGGUCAUGAACCUCUGAGGAGACAGGGCUCCUCCACCACCAGCCGACCCCCUCAGCCUCUGUCUGCCCAGGCUGUCAAACACAUCUGGGUCCGCACAGCGCUUUUUGAGAAAGUUCUGGAUAAGAUAGUCCAGCACAUCGUGGACAGCUCCAGUAAAUAUUAUGAAAGAGAAGCUCUAAUGCAUGACCCGGUCUUUGGGCCCAUCUUAGCAGCUCUACUAGUGGGUCCCUGUGCACUGGAGUACACUAAGCUGAAAACCUCAGAUCAUUUCUGGACAGACCCAUCAGCCAAUGAGCUGGUUCAACGCCACCGGAUCCACGGGGCCCACCGGGGCCAGGAUGUGUCCGCCGGUCGCCGGCCUGCUCUGGGAAUCCGCAAAAGGCAGUCCAGUGGCAGCAUGUCGGAGGACAGGUUUGCUGCAUCAGCACGGGAGUAUGUGGAGUCUCUUCACCAGAACUCCAGAUCACACCUUCUUUACGGCAAAAACAACGUUCUGGUGCAACCGAAGAAGGACAUGGAGGUGUUGCGGGGCUACUUGUCUCUCCAUCAGGCUGGAGACAACCUCACCCUAAAGUGGACGCCCAACCAGCUCAUUAAUGGCACUCUGGGAGACUGUGACCUAGAAAAAAGUAUCUACUGGGACUACGCUCUGACUGUUCCUCUACGUCAGAUCGUCUGCCUCCACUGUCAUCAGAGGCCUGAUUCUGGGGGGACACUAGUUCUGGUGAGUCAGGACGGGAUCCAGAGGCCGCCCCUGCUGUUCCCCCCCGGUGGUCACCUCCUGGCCUUCCUCUCCUGUCUGGAAACGGGUCUGCUGCCACGUGGUCAGUUGGAGCCUCCCCUCUGGUCCCAGAAAGGCAAGGGAAAAGUCUUUCCCAAACUGAGGAAGAGGAGCAGCACAGCGAGGCUGAUGGACCAGGACAGACAUGGUGAGGAGCCGACAGCUGCUGAUUACGUGUUUCGCAUCGUCUACCCAGGUUACCGAUAUGAUGCCAUCACUAUAAACUACCACCACACCACGGGUAGCCGUGCGCCAUCGCUGGAUGAUGACGAGGAAGAGGAAGAUAGACUCCAUGCUAUGAUCUCAAUGAUCUGCUCGCGGAACCUCACAGACCCUUAUGUCCUGAAAGACCAUGGGGAGAUGAUGGAGAUGCAAGGUUUUGGAGGCAGCCCGUCGUCGUGGCAACAGGCUGAAGUAACCACUCAUGAGUCCCUGUGCCAGUCCUGCACAACGGCUGGUAGCAUCACGUCGUUCGUCCACAUGGCCGGAUGCACCUGCAUCCAUCAGCAGUCUGACAUCCACACAGUUCCACUUAAGAUGCUCUGUCAGAACAUGAAGAGGCAGAUUGUCUCCAGAGCUUUCUACGGAUGGCUCGCAUACUGCCGACACCUGUCCACCGUGCGGACACACCUGUCAGCUCUGGUAAACCACAACAUUGUACCUCCAGACAAACCCUGUGAGGCAUCAGGAGGCCUCAGCAAAGAGGUCUGGAGCAAAUACCAGAAAGACUGCAAGAACUACAAGGAGCUUGAGCUGCUCAGGCUGGUUUAUUAUGGAGGAGUAGAGCAUGACAUCAGGAAGGAAGUUUGGCCUUUUUUACUAGGACACUACAAGUUUGGCAUGAACAAAAAGGACAUGAGCCAGAUUGACGUGAAGAUCAGCGAGCGCUACCAGCAGGUGAUGCGGGAGUGGAAGGCCUGUGAGAUCAUCGUCAAGCAGAGGGAGAAGGAGAUGCAGUCAGCCAUCUUUGCUAAGUUGUCGUCAGGCAGCAGCAUCGACAGCCACGUCUUGCGACUUGUGCACAGAGACUCCACUCUCAGCAAUGAGGUGUUCAUGUCUGUGGACGAGCCAGAUGCAGGAAGUCAGGAGACCCCCAGCAGAGAAGACAGCACCCCCACCAUGACCACUCUGCUUCCUCAGGCCGCUCUGCCCCCAGAAGAGCGUCCUCUAGUGGAGUUUGACUCCCCUGACUCGGGUCUCCCUUCCUCCAGAAACUACUCCGUGACCUCUGCUCAUUCCCAGAUCUUGUCCAGCAUAGAUGAUUGUCAGAGCACCGAGGAGGAAGGAGGUGGCAGGGAGGAGAACAGGACUCCAGUGGUGGGACGUCAGGACUCUUUGACUGAGGACAGGCUGUGCUGUCAGCUGGACAAAUUGGUGACCAGUGGAGCUGCUGCAGAUGGGACACCGGUAUCUCUCUCCUCCUACACGAUUGAGCUGCUGGACACAGUUGCCCUGAACCUCCAUAGAAUAGACAAGGACGUGCAGCGCUGUGACCGAAACUAUUACUACUUCACCACCACCAACCUGGAGAAACUACGAAACAUCAUGUGCAGCUACGUGUGGGGGCAUUUAGAGAUGGGCUAUGUCCAGGGCAUGUGUGACCUGCUUGCGCUCCUCGUCAUUCUGGAUGAUGAGUGCCUGGUGUACAGCUGCUUCACUCAGCUAAUGAAGAGGAUGAGUCAAAAUUUCCCAAAUGGAGGAGCUAUGGACUCACACUUUACCAAUAUGAGGUCACUAAUCCAGAUCCUGGACUCUGAGAUCUUUGAGCUGAUGCAGCAGAAUGGAUAUUACACUCACUUCUACUUCUGUUACCGCUGGUUCCUGCUGGACUUCAAACGAG